CAAUCAUCCAACUCGACGUUCAACGUUAACGUUCAGCAUUCAAUAUUCAAUAUUCAACUGCAACUGUAACAGUUCAGUAACCAGCUGUUGAACGUCUGCAAAUUGUGCAAUUGCAGCAAAUUCUCGAGUUCAACUAGGAGUCGUGUUCUAGAGUAAAUCCAUCACCGUCUACUAUGCUUAUCUUAAAUCGUCUGUGAGUGAGCAUUCGCUGCCGCCUCCUGUUGCCGGUCCUUGGCAAGGGUCAUGGGACCGUUCCCUUGUAUAUAUAUUGUUGCGUUGACAUUCUCACCAUGACUCAGACUUCAGGAUUGCCCAUCAACACUGUCUGAAUCUUCUUGCGAGCCACGAGCACCUAAUGCCUAGAAAAGUUCUCAUUGGAUUUGGCGUAGAUGUUGAUGCUGUGGCUGGUUGGCUUGGGUCCUAUGGAGGAGAAGAUUCUCCGUUGGAUAUUUCCCGAGGAAUGUAUGCGGGAGAAGUUGGAGUGCCUCGCCUUCUGAAGCUGUUUGAUAAGUAUAAGAUCACAACAACCUGGUUCAUCCCUGGACAUAGCUUGGAGACAUUUCCGAAGCAAAUGGAAGCAGUUCGAGAUGCCGGUCAUGAAAUAGGUCUCCAUGGAUACUCCCAUGAGAACCCUGUCUCUAUGACCCUGGAACAACAGCGAGACAUUUUGGACUACACCUACAAGCUUCUUACCGAUUUCAAUCAUGGUGUCCCUCCAAAGGGCAGCGUCGCCCCUUGGUGGGAAACCAGCAAGGAGGGGACGACACUGUUGUUAGAAAAGGGCAUCGAAUAUGAUCACUCCAACAUGUCCCACGAUUCGCAGAUGUAUUAUCUUCGUGAUGAAGAUACGUGGACAAAGAUUGAUUACCAGGCGCAAGCUCACACGUGGAUGAAGCCGCUGCAAAGGGGCAAGGAAACGGGACUGGUCGAGAUUCCUGCUAACUGGUACCUUGAUGAUCUUCCCCCAAUGAUGUUCAUUAAGUCAAGCUCAAACUCGCAUGGUUGGGUUAAUACUCGAGAUGUCGAGCAGCUUUGGAAAGAUACUUUCACUUACCUGUAUAGAGAAGAGGAAGAUUUCGUGUUCCCUCUCACGAUCCACCCAGAUGUCAGCGGUCGUCCACACGUGCUUCUUAUGCUGGAGCGUUUCAUUGAAUGGGUCAAUACCCACGAUAACGUACACUGGGUAACCUUACACGGGAUGGCUCAAGAUUUUAGAGCCAGAAAAGGACCAGCACCAGGUGCCGUAAUGCCUAAAGGCUUCCCACAGUGAAAUAUUGCACAUAGUGUUGUCGAAGACUUCUUCACGUGGAUGAAUAUUGAAUGACAUGUAUCAGCGUUCUAUCAAGUUGGUUUGAUAACCUACACGUGUAGAAAGCCCCAGGAGAUAUUAAAUCAUGGAUCGUG